UNGGGUGGACAAAAUGUUCGGCUUUCAUGGGGCCGAAGUCCUUCAAACAAACAGGCCCAACCAGAUGCAAAUCAGUGGAAUGGCAGUGGUGGUUACUAUGGAUAUGCUGCGCAGGGUUAUGAAAAUUAUGGUUAUGCUCCUGCUGGACAAGAUCCCAAUAUGUAUGGCAGUUAUCCGGGCUACGCAAAUUACCAACCUCCUCAGCAACAACAGCAAAUAGGAUAUAGCUAAGCAAGUUCUGCCCCAAUUUUCCGUUUUCUUCUGUAAUCCUAUCCUAUCUAUGAUACUCGUUUUGGUUCUUACUCUAAUUGUCUCAUUGAGAACAAACUUGGCUCAUCUUUUACCUUCCUAUCAUUGCUAUUAGCAUUAAACAUUCUAUGCGAACUUUUAUUUUGUACCCAUUAAAUAUUGCUUGCUGAGUACCUUGAUGUUUAUGCAU